GAUGCCGGCGACGACGGCGACGGGCCGCUCCAGGAGAUGGCCGAGCGCUUCGGCUGGGACCUCUCCGACGAGGACGGCUGGGGCCGCCUCGACUUCCGCCUCCUCGGCACCUCCUACGGCGGCCGCAUCCCGAGGAAGGCCGGCCGGCGCCAGAGCACCGGCAACAGAACCCCCCGCAGCGGGAGCGCCCUGUUCGACGCCGGGGCGGCUGACCCGGACGGGCCGAGGGGGAAGAGGGACGAGAGGCGUGAGCGGAUGCGGACGAGGAGGGAGGAGCAGGUGAGGACGGCGAAGCUGGAUGUGCUCGGCGUGAGCGCCGGCGCGAAGGAUGGCGGCGCACUGGGGACGGCGAGGAAGGCCCGCAUUGGAGCGGCGGCGAAGAAGGACAUCCUGGGGCUGGGGCGCGGCGGCGAGAGGGCGGCGCCGCUGAAAGGCGGCGAGGGAGGGAGCCCGUUCCCCGGCCGGCAAGCCUUCCUCGACAAGGUUAGGAAGCUCAAGGGCGAUGAUAGCUAGCACUAGCAGCAGCAGCUAGGCUAGGUGAUUCCAGGAUCGUUUAGUGCUCCAUAGACGUAAAUUUUGACGUGUUCAUUUGGAAAAUUUACAAGAGUGAGAUCUAUUCCCUCUAGCAGACACGCAAGGCACUAGGAAUUUAAGAACUCAUUUUACGGCUAGAUUCACACUGUUGCUGCUGUGAACUUCGUUACUCGCGUGAUUUAUCAAAUGAAGUCGAGUCUUCGGCUCGGGGCAGUAAGUAUGUAACUGGAUUUGUUUUUCAGUUGAGUGAGGAAGGGCAAACACGAAUAGAUAAACACAAAAUCGACAUUGUUA